CAUCAUUCCUUCCGCGGAUAUCACAGCUUGUCGCAAGCACCAUCAAUCUUCACGAUGCGUUUAAGUAGCUUUUCCCUGCUGGCUCUGGGGGCAGUGUCAACCCAUGCUUUCCAAGAUACCUCCCCCUUUUUCCUCGCCUCAACCUCAGAGAUCGCAUCUACCUCAGCACAACUGAAAUCUGUGACCUCCCUGCUAGACGACCUUUCCACGAAAUUCAACGCCUGUCCCUCAGACUACUAUGUUAUUGCUUCCCAGCCCGGAGUGCACAGCACCGACUUCGCUACCCGUAAGGCGGCACCCCGCCUCGCGGCGAAGAUGACCGGCCAGGAUAAGAGCAUCCAGUCGACAAUGGUGGUAAACGAAGUCGCCGGUGUGCUGGAAGUUAAGCAACUUCAACAAAUUCUCGAGAAAGAGUGUGGUGUUCAGUCUACGGUCAUUGAUGCUUCUUCUGGAUCGUAUCCAACCGAAUUUGGCACCGGGCCUCGUGUUAUUGUUGUUGAUUUUCCCUCUCUUCCCCUUGGAUCAGGGAGACAGCACCAACUCUCCGACAACGAUGGGCUUCUUUCUGACAUUAUCGGACGUCUUCCGUCGAAGAGAUACACCAUUCUUUAUGUCACAACACCAAAGGAAUUUGAUGAGAACGAUUCCAAUGUCUAUCAGUCCGAAACUUACGAUUACCAAGACUCUCUUCACAUGGAUCUGAAGCGUGACUUUUCCGUCCAUUCCCGCCGUGAGGAUACUACCUCCAACAAGUCCCUUUUCCAAGAGUACCAAUAUUUCACUCCAGGACUUUUCAUGGGCCUUAUUGCCACCUUCUUCUUCUUUGCCAUUCUGUAUGUUGCUUUUAGUGCCCUCACGAGUCUGCAAGUUCCCUAUGCGGCCUUUGAAAAAGAUACCUCGUCCAGUACCCUAAAGAAGCUGCAGUGAUAGUAUUUACUACUUUCUCAAUUGUUGGAAAUAUGUUCUUUUGAUGCUCUUCGUUUCAUUAUACCAUAUAUCAUAAAUCUAUCGCGAGCAGAGACCCGGCGAAGCUUUUGGAAUUCAGCAUCGGAUUUAGGUAUUGUACGUUUAAGGCAGAGAAAUGCACAGUUCGAAAGGGAUCAGAAGUCACAAGUAGCUCACAAUGAACCUCCUUGGGUGUACAUUUCUUCC